GCAGGGGAAGAGGCAGGGGAGUGACGUCAUCGCGUUGUUGUACGUGUCGAGAGAAAGCUGAGACUGCUCGAGUCCAGAUCCAGGCCUGCAGAAGAACAGCAGACGGAAGACACACGCUCACAUCUUAUGGUUGUUUCCUGUGAUCACUACAGCAGCAGAAAAAUGAACGUGUUUGAUCGCACCAUAAACUUUGAUGCUCUCUUUAAGUUCUCUCAAAUCUCUCGCUCGACUCAGCAGCACCUGAAGAAUGUGUAUGCCAGUCUGGCUGUGUGUAUGCUGGUGGCAGCCGCCGGCGCCUACAUCUACAUCAUCACCAGUCUGUUUCAGGGUGGGCUGACCAUGCUUGGAUCGCUGGCUAUGAUGGGUUGGCUUGCCAUGACCCCUCACAGCCCUCAGACAGAGAAGAAGAGGUUGGCCAUCCUCGCUGGUUUUGCUUUCUUCACAGGUCUUGGACUCGGCCCGCUUAUGGACUACGUCAUUAGCGUCAACCCGAGCAUCAUCCUGACUGCUUUCCUGGGCACCUCUGUCAUCUUUGCCUGCUUCACGUUGAGCGCUCUCUAUGCCAAGCGCAGAAGCUAUCUCUUCUUGGGAGGCACUCUGAUGUCAGGGCUGAUUGUUCUUCUGCUCGUCUCCUUCCUCAACAUGUUCUUCGCCUCAGCCAUGGUCUUUAAGGCUCAUGUGUAUCUGGGUCUGGCCAUCAUGUGUGGCUUUGUGCUGUUUGACACUCAGCUAAUCAUUGAGAAGGCAGAAAUGGGAGACAAAGAUUACAUCUGGCACUGUGUUGACCUCUUCCUGGACUUUGUGACCAUCUUCAGAAAGCUUGUUAUCAUUCUCUCUAUGAAUGAGAAGGAAAAGAAGGAGAAGAAGUAAUUUUCAUAAGAGUGAAAACAUCUGUGAGCUGAAUACAUGUCAGCAGCUUCAUUAUGAAUAUGAUUACAUAAUUUGAUUGUUUAAUGUGAUUUGAAAUCUUGUCUUAAUUUUUAUUUUUGAAUUGUUUCUGGGCUUUGGAUAUGUUGUCAGACUAAUGAUCUAAUGUUGUUUGACUAGAUUUUGAGAUCGUAUUUAAAAGCUUAAGUUGAUCUUUAAUUUCUUUGACUUACUGCAACUCUCUGAAGCAGAAUUCAGAGCUCUGUAGAAAAGGAGUCUCAUAAAAAAAAAACAGAUUUAAUAUUGUUCAUACAAUUUGAGUGUAAUGGAGUUGUUGCCUGCUAGAUGAUAGAAGACUUUCUUACCCCAUACUCUGAACAAUAUCAAAUUGUAUAUCAUAAAUACAUUCUAAUCAUAACCUAGUUGUCUCGCUAAACUGCUUUUCUGUGGUUAUAGCAUUGCUUCAUUUAUAUUUUGUCUUUGUUGCCACA